AAUGUCUUUGAAUACUUGCAGGCGCUUCCUGCCGGCUAUGCUCACCGCGGAUACGCCACGAGAAAAACGAUUGCUCAAGGCCUGCUGGACUUGGCCCUGCUAUUGGCCAACGGAUCCCAGCUGAAGGCCUUGAUCCAGACACCCGAGGACAAGCGGGACUUCCUGUUCGUCCCCGUCCUCGUGCUCAUUGGGCUCUCCGUGGGGAUCCAGGUCUGUGUGGGCAUCCUCAUCAUCAUCCUGGGAAACAUGGAGGCGAAGACUGAACGCGAGCAGCGGCGCGCCAACAUCAUGAACAAUGCCACGGUUGCCCUCAUUCUGUUUAUCACGGUGGUCAACGUCUUUAUCUCUGCUUUCGGGAUCAAGUUCUCUGGGCAGGACGUCACUAUUGCGGAGCCAGUCACCCAGACGCUUGAACAGGUUUCAAAGACUGUGCUGGAACAGGUGAGCUGGGCGUCCAAUACCGACAUGGCCGAGACAACACCACAGGCUUGAUACAGAAUGUGGCAGCAGUGUAGUCCAACUGACGUUUCAUGCUCAAGUUGCUACUGUUCGGGACUUAUUUUUUUUCUCUUUUCUUUCUUUUGUUUUCUUUUUUUUUCAUUCUUUCUUUCUUUCCAUGAAAUUUAUGUUUAUUUUUCAUUAAAAAAAAAUGUUUUGGACAACUUCUGUGCGAUUUUUAGUAUAUAGUAAAACAUUCUGCACAAACUUAGUGACUACUUAUGAGACACAUGCAGUUGAAACUAACUUGUCUGAAUGAGCAAGUUAAAAUUGUUUAAAACAUGACAGAUGACCUGAUUUUAUUUAUCAGUUUAUUACCAACGUUUAAACAGGUAAUACUGCCUGGAGUUGACAUUCUACAAAACACUACUCUUCUUUCAGUGUUAAUAUUAAUUUUUAAAAAAAACAUUAAAAAAAACAACAACAAAAAACAUUGAUGACGUUUGCUGGUGGAGCUAGUUCAGACAGGGCAGCACAAACCAUUGACCAUUGAUAUACCAAUAAUAAAGCAAUGGAUGGAAUGGGAAAUAAAUUAAUGCACAGAUGGGGAUCAAUUCUAUGACCCAUUACAUGUCAGACAGCAGUCUAUUGUAUUGAUCUAAAUUUCACUCUAGGUAGCAUAGAAAUUGAUUGAAAAGGUUCAAAAUCACUGUAUUCAGUGGUUACAUUAUUUUUGUUAAUUUUUACAUUAAUAAUGGUUGUAAAAACCAGUCUCAGAUUAAAUAUAGCGAGAUGCAAGCCAGUGCUUUUGUGGGACAGUUGCACGAUGGUUAUUAAAUUACAAUGGGGUUUUCUUAGGUCUCACAACACAGGUGUCAUCAGUCACUGAAAUCCAUGUUAAAAUGCACAUUUUCUGAUGAAGACUGUUAAUAGAACAGGUUCUUGUUGGUACAUUUACUAACCAUAUAUACCAUUGCUAAGAUAUAUCUGCAUUUAUUUUCACUCCAAAAUUGAGAACAAUCAGCUCUAAGUUGGAUUGUUAUAUGACCCCAUAUGGAUGUAGUAUCUGUCCAUACAGGUGAUGCAGGAUCCGAUUCACCCUGGCCAUCUGUUCUGCCAUCCCAUGUCCCAAAAAGUCAAUCAACAAUAUUACAAAAUAACUUGGGCAAAAUCUAACCAGAUGACUCAGCAUUGAGAAACACUAAUCAUUUCAAUUCUUUCCCAAUUACUAGAAGUGAACAUGUGAACCACAACAUGUAUCAUAAUUAGGAACUACAGUCGACCGUGAUAACUAACUCUCACCCAAAAGUGAACUGUGUAUGGAGACCGUAGCCAUAUAGUUACUUUUCUAAAUAUUGUUACAAACACUGCAUGUAUAUAAUGUGCUAGUACAAAAGCUAACAUUUGUAAUUAAAUAUUUGUGCUUCAUGGCCUUGUGUUCAAUAUUUUCAGCUUUGUUUGUUCUAUGAAUUCCAAGACAAAAUGGGUUAAACAUUGACCAUGUAAUACCUACCAACUCCUACUGUACCGGAACUGUAAUUAUUUUCAAUGAAAAACUUAGCAAAUUAGUAUAAGGAAAAGGUGUCAUGUUUAAGUUAUCGUAGAGACAAAUCAGCACAUUAUUACAGAAAAUAUACAAGAUGUAUUGGUAAAAUGAGUGUGCAUUCAGAAACAUGUGUUUUGUGAAUUUCAGUAGCUAGUGAACAGAAAAAGCAGCCCAUUAUCAGUGGCUAAGACAGUCUUUUGGAACACUCCAUCCGCUGAUUAAAUAAAAAUAUACCGGUAACAGAAUGUGUUAGCCUUGAACUAUGUCUGCUACAUAAUGGCACCCUUGUUUUACUUUUUACUGAAUACAUAUUAAGUUGCUAGGGUUGUGAUGUUGUGUGUCACAUAUGUAUUUGUACAUACAUGGAGGCAUGCAAUAUCGAUUCCUUUAACAACUUGUUGAGAGAAUAUUUAUAAUAACAUUUAUCCUUCAAAUAAAGUAAUUUCAUCAUUUUUGGCAUCAUUCAAUUUGUAUUUUUUUACUGUGUUAUAGAAAAGAGAUGGAUACCUAACUAGAAGAAUGGCAUAUCACAAGAGAAAAUAUUAUCUGAAUAAUUUCUUAUAAUGCUUCAAUAUUAAAACUAUGCUAGAUUGCAGCUUUAGAACAUUUUUUGUGUACUAGUUCUGUAAAAGUGUGAAUGUAAUUUGAAAAUGGGAAGUGAUUCUAACAAGGUCAAAGUUCAAGGACAUGUAUCUGGAUAUCAGUAGUGACAGGGAAAUGAAAUUUGGGCCCAAAUGUUAGUCCACUAACAACUAUAAAUGUAUCAAGUUCUGAUCGCAGUGCCCAUAAUAGCCAUAUACAGGUUUUUGUAUUGUGACUACAUGUACAAUCUAUACUCACAAAUUUAUCACAAUUCAUAAUAUUGCACCAGCAAACCAAAAGUUGAAAACCUCUUAAAGAAAAUAAUUAACUAGCAUUCUGGGAGUACUACUAAAGCAAUAUAAGUCCCCUACUGGGUCCCUAAGUUCAAGGGCUAUAACUGUCACACAUGGAUAAAUUCCAUAUUUGACAGAGUUAUGGCCCUUGAAUAAAUUCCCCUAAAAGUCAAAUUAAAUCUGGCCAUGUCAAAAUGGAAGGAAGAAGGAAAUGCUUUAUUUAACAAUGCACUCAACACAUUUUAUUUACGGUUAUAUGGUGUCAGACAUAUGGUU